AUGUUAUCGCUCAAGCUGUUACUUCCGUUGGUAGCAGUGUCGCUAACUGCGAUUAAUGCACUUGCAUACCCUACCUCCACCAAAUUUACCAAGACAUUCCCUCGCUCCGCCAGGGGUGAUGACAUUGUGAACACACCAAGUGGUCCAAUUCACUCAUCCAACGUACAUGUCGUUCCUCAUGGCUCGCUCAUUCAACAUGAAGCUAGCACAGUCAAUGUAAUUGCACCCAACGGAACCACCAUCUUCUCCCUUCCCUCCAAUAAGGCCCAGAGGGGUCUAAACGCCACCCAGCCGCGCGACUCUCUCGCACGACGCGCACUGCAAUCAGGAUACGUUGAGCUCGCGUUCUGGGGGAACACAGCGCCCAGCCCCAUAUCCACAUUCUCCACCCUCUGGUCCGUCCCAAACGUCCCGGAAAACGUGGACGGCCAGCUGCUCUACAUCUUUAAUGCGCUCGAGCCGCAGUCCUUUGACGGCAUCCUGCAGCCAGUGCUGCAAUUUGGUGUCUCUCCAGCUGGAGGAGGAAACUACUGGUCCGUGGCAUCGUGGUGGUUGUAUGGCUCCGACGUCUUUGCCACCCCUGUCACCCCUGUAAGCGUAGGCCAGACUCUCGUUGGUGUGAUGACACUCCAGAGCACAUCCACGUCGGGCGGAAGCACGUCGUACAACUAUAAUUCUGUGUUCACCGGGAUUCCAGCGUCGUCUCUCUCCAUAACAUCACCGGAGGAACUCACGAUCACCUUCGAGGCGCUGGAGAUCUACGGCGCGUCUGGGCCCACGGAUCUCCCACGCGGACGCACCACAAUGCGGGCCAUCGAUAUUGUGAACCAGGACGGUUCGCGCCCUCCGGUCAGCUGGGAAGUGACAGCUGAUACUAACGAACGGUUCUCGGUCAAUGUUGUCUCGAAUGCGACACCUAAUGGCCAGGUUGAUUUAUUCUAUCCUUUGCAAUAA